AUGAUGACAAGGUGGUUCUUUAAGGGUAGAAGAUUGAGCUCGAAACAUAACCAUCCUCUAACCAUUGCUGUUGAGAAGAAGAUUAAUAGAAGGAUAGAAAAGGGUAAAGCAUUCACGAUUCAGCAAAUAGAUGCAACUCGAUUUGUGGUGGGAGGUGACAUCUACGAAUGUGUGGUUGAUUUGGCAAAGCGAACACGUACAUGCGCCAAGUAUGAUCUGCAGAAAAUUACAUAUAGGCAUGCGAUCCCAGCAAUUUUUGCAAUAGGAAAGCAACCACAUGAAUACACUGGCGAGAUGUGGAAAACUCAGUUAUGGAGAAUUGGGUAUGAAGAAGCUCUAAAUCCAAUAGGUGUUCCUGAGGAUGCAUGGAGUGUCCCGCAAGUUGUUGAACAAGAGAUUGUUUCUUGUCCAGAAUCACGCAGAGCUGCUGGUUGGAGAAGAAAGCGACGCUUUGAAUUUGUUGAGGACAAGAUAAGAUCGCAAGAGAAGAAGACACACAAGUGCAGUCGAUGUGAUACGCCAGGACACAAUAGAGCUACAUGUGACAUGCCAAUCUAG